UCGGCUGUGUCCUGAUUGGUGCUUUCGUCACUUCCGUGUUGUAGUUCACCAUUGUAGUCCUUCCCCACUCGCUCACUUUGAGAUAGGAGACAGGAAAGAGAAGACAUGAGGCGGGCUGAAUGAGAUAACGUGACUUUUAAACACACUUCUCCGAUAAAGGGGAGCAUUCCAUUUUUGAGAACUUUCCAGAAAGGGAGCAACCUUGCCUGACGUGGAUAGACUCCUCGGAGGAGGAAGGUUUAAAAUCCACCCGAAGGAAAGGUGAGUCGGGACUUGAAAACCUCCAGAAAUGGACUCAAUAAGUUAAAAAGACCUGAAUAAGUUAAGUUAAGUCAACUUUAUGGUGAAAAUGUUUUUCGGGUCAACUUUGGCGUCAAAUGCUGCGCGCUGAAACCAGUCCAGCCUGCUCGGCGGAGACUUGGGAGACUCUUUGACUUGCAGGUAGACCUUCCGUGGAGGAACGCGGUGCUAAUAAAACAAAACAAAGAAGACAGACAAGAAGUUUGAUCACCAUGUCUGGUGUAAGUAAUGCCCACAUGAAAACCUUGGAGGACCUGACUUUGGACUCCGGCUAUGGAGCGGGAGACUCCUGCAAAUCCCUCAGCCUGUCCUCCUCCAAGUCGAACUCCCAGGCCGUUAUGACGACCCCUCACCGGGGUAACUGGUGGUACUACUCCGGUUCUAUGAACAGCAGGAACAACAGCUGGGACACAGUGAACACUGUCCUCCCCGAGGACCCAGAGGACAUCUUCUCCAAGUGUCCUCGCCUGCCCGAACUGGAAGAGUUCCCCUGGACAGAAGAGGAUGUGGCGAGGAUACUUCGCCAAGUGGCUGAAAGUGGCGUCACAAAAGGCGGACACACGCCCGUGUUCACUACGGAAGCCGUGAGGCGUUUAUCUGCGCUCCUUCGCAAGGCUCUCAUCCGCAUCUCCAGGGAGGCGCAGCGUCUGAGUGUCAUGCACUGCCGCUGUACGCGCUUUGAGGUGCAAAGCGCAAUGAGGCUGGUGCUCAGCUGGGCUCUGGCUGACUACUGCGUCUCCGCUUCGGUCAAAGCCAUCUCCAUGUACAGCAUGAGCGCCGGGGAGAUGCUGAGAAAGGGUAAGUCGGCCCGAUGCGGCUUGACCUUCUGCGUCGGACGUUUCUUCCGAUGGAUGGUGGACACCCGCGUAUCCGUGCGCAUCCACGAGUACGCUGCGAUAUGCCUGACCGCCUGCAUGGAAGCCCUGGUGGAGGAGAUCGGAGCCCGUGUGCUCAUGUCCGAACGGGGUCACCCCGGGCCGGAUGCGGGGUCAGCUCCGGUGAGUCCAGAGGCCUUGGAAGGAGUUGUCAACAAUGACGCGGAGCUGUGGGGAGUCCUGCAGCAGUACGAGCACCUGAUCUGUGGGAAGAACGCCAGUGGUGUCUUGUCCCUGCCGGCCCAUUUCAGUCCUUAUACAGAGAAUCAACAGACUUCUGUGGACUGCAGGGAGGAUGCCUAUGCCCAACUAGAGCUCAGGACGCUGGAACAGUCCCUGCUGGCUACCUGUGUGGGCAGCAUCUCCGAACUCAGUGACCUGGUAUCCCGUGCCAUGCACCACAUGCAGCGUCUGAGCUCAGUGCGUCCAGGUUUGAGUCCAGCUCGCCAUGCACGCCCACAGCAGCCUGUGUCCUGGUCACCUGACGCCCUCCACACCCUCUAUUACUUCCUGCGAUGCCCGCAAAUGGAGUCCAUGGAGAAUCCCAACUUAGAUCCCCCACGCAUGGCGCUAAGCAAAGAGAGGCCAUUCCUGUUGCUGCCGCCUCUGAUGGAGUGGAUCAGAGUGGCCAUAGUUCACGCUGAACAUCGCAAGAGUCUGCUGGUGGACACGGAUGAUGUCAGACAGACGGCCAGGCUGCUUCUUCCUGGACUGGACUGUGAACCCAGACAGCUUAAGCCGGAAUGCUGCUUCAGCUCCUUCAAGCGCUUGGAUUCCAAGGCCGCCACGGACAAGUUCCAUCUGGACUUGGGCUUCCGAAUGCUCAACUGCGGGCGCACGGACCUCAUCGGCCAAGCUAUCAGUCUUCUAGGACCUGAUGGUGUCAACAGCAUGGACGACCAGGGGAUGACGCCUCUGAUGUACGCCUGCGCCGCCGGAGACGAGGCCCUCGUACAGAUGCUCAUUGAUGCUGGCGCCAACCUUGAUGUGGCGGUCCCGCCAUGUUCUCAGAAGCACCCGUCCGUGCACCCCGACAGUCGACACUGGGCGGCGCUCACCUUCGCUGUACUGCACGGACACAUCUCAGUGGUGCAGCUACUGUUGGAUGCGGGGGCCAACGUGGAGGGAGCGGCGGUCCGUAAUGGACAGGAGAGCACAGCCGACACCCCGUUGCAGCUGGCCUCAGCAGCAGGCCACUAUGAGAUGGUGACCUUGUUGCUGGCAAGAGGUGCCGAUCCAUUAUCGAAGGCGUGUGAUGGAAACGCCCUGACGUCGUCCCUCUAUGAAGACAUGAACUGCUUCAGCCACGCUGCAGCACAUGGACACAGGAACGUGCUGAGAAAGCUACUGACUCAGCCCCAGAAAGUCAAAGAGGACGUCCUGUCUCUGGAGGAGAUACUCGCCGAGGGGGUGGAAGGGGAGGACGCUGGCAUUUGCCCUUUCCUGCCUUUACCCCCCCUCGCCAAUCCCUCCCCAGAGGGGGGAUUAGCGAGACUCUGCAAGGCCAGGAUGAAGGCUCUGCAGGAGGCCAGCUACUACAGCGCCGAACACGGUUACCUGGACGUCACCAUGGAGCUACGAGCGCUAGGCGUUCCGUGGAAGCUGCACGUGUGGCUGGAGUCCCUGCGGUGUGCUCAGCAGCAGUCCAGAGCGGGGGUCACUUUGUCGCUUCUCAGAGAGUUCACCAGCAUCAGAGAAGAAGAUUACUGCGAGGAUCUGGUCACUAUGGGCCUGCCGCUCAUGUUCAAUAUCCUACGCACCACCAAGAACGAUGCCAUCAUACAGCAGGUGUGCAGCAUUCUUAGUCACUGCUUCGGUCCUGCUCCUCUUCCUGCUGUCCCCGAGGUGAAGGCAACGCUCUCAGCGCAGUUGGACCCCCACUUCCUGAACAACCAGGAGAUGUCAGAUGUGACCUUCUUGGUGGAAGGCAAACCUUUCUACGGCCACAGGGUUCUUCUGAUCACAGCCUCUGACAGGUUCAAAUAUCUGCUUGCAUCCUCCGGUUCUGAUAAAAGUGCCAGCAAGCCGAUUGAGAUCAGCGACGUGAAGUACAAUGUUUUCCAGAUGAUGAUGUCAUACCUGUACUGUGGAGGAACAGAGUCGCUUAAAACCAAAGUGCCUGAUUUAUUGGAGCUGCUGUCAGCUGCGUGCGUAUUCCAGCUGGGGGCGCUGCAGAGACAUUGUGAGCUCAUCUGCUCUCAGCUCAUCAACCUGGAUAAUGCAGUCAGCAUCUACAAGACUGCAAAGGCCCACGGUUCAGUAGAGCUGACCUCGUUCUGUGAAGGCUACUUCCUACAGCAUAUGCCUGUUCUGAUGGAGAGGGAGACCUUCAGGAGUCUGCUGUUGGGGUACCGACCAGGCAACAACUCCACGUCCACGUUGGCCCUCAACCAGGGAGAAUCGCUCCUGGAGGAGCUGGAAGUUACGCUGGCUCGGCGUCUACGUUCGCUUUACGUCACCUCCAGAGUCUGAGCACGGCGGCAUGGAGUGGGAACCUCUGGACUUGUGGCCUACAAGUUAGAUUAUGAAGAAGAUGGGACAGUUUCUCUCUAUGAGGCUCAGGAAGCUUUUGUGUAGAAUAAUGGCCAAAAAAAAAAAAUAAGCCGUUGUUGCCCUCUAGUGGACAAAACAAUAAAUGCAUCUGACAGAAGCAUUCAUGAAUGGCCAGGCUGGACUUGUGGCCUUGAUCCAUUUUGAAGGACAAAUAAUACAGAAUAACCCCCUAAAAAAAGUAACCAGACCAAGAAAAGACUUACUUGAGAAUGGGAAGGACUUUUUGCUAUUUAAUGAGAAAAAAGAUUUGAAAGUAUUUAAAUCCCAAUUAAUUGUUUUUUGCUAUUCAUGGUAGACUUAAGCAUGGUAGACUUAAGAAUGAUCACAUGGGAAUUGUGUGUGUGUGUGUAUAUAUUCCAAUAAAUAUACUCUUAGUGAACAACUUGGAUAUAUUUUGGACUUGACACACCGCCGACUAUGAAAAAGCAAAAGAAAAAGAAAAAGACGGCAACUGAAUGAGUUUAUUUGUUGGAUGCUCACAGUAGUUUUGAUGUUAAACGGGGAUUAUUACAUCGUCUCUGUUUAGUUCCUG